GAUCAAUAUCCAUAUAUAUGUACAUAAUAUUUGUCGAUUUAAACAUAAAUAAUUUGUGUUAUUUCCGAAAGAUCCCUUUCGGUUUCUUUUCAAAUAAUAUCGAGUAUAUUUUUUGCUGAGGAAUCCUACUGGGUUUGCAAUUAAUUCAGUUAUGAUCUUUGUUCACUGUUUUUAAACAACUGUACCAUAAAUAUAAUGAUAAAUUUACCCGUAAAAUGCCCUCAAAUCCCUAGAUCAGCCGUUUCCUUACGAUCUAGGAUACACAUGAAAAUAGUAAUUUCUCUGCUGUUGUAUUUAUCUGCCUAAAUCGUCCCUGUAAAAUAUAAUUUAAACAUUGUGCAACUGCUCGUUUAUGUAGAUAUAAAGAUAUAUCCAUAAAUCCAAAUUUUUUGUUUCUUAUAUGUGUAACAUAAACCCAUUAUCCAUAAACACAUGUUCCUGAACUAGGUUGUAUUGUACUCUAAAUGUAACAUAACCGCAACAAAUUUGAACUCAGCCCACCCGGAAACUGUAAAAUAGUUCAAACAAGUAAUAUAGAGAGUUUGAAACAAAACUUAACGGAUGUUGUUUAACAGGUUGAAAUAGCUAAACCUGCAAGUGUAUCAUAUUAUAAACAAAUGACGUGUGUAUUAUAAAAUAGUCGACUUCCCCAUUGAUGGUUUUGUGUAAAAAAUGAUCCAAUGGCUUUCUGUGGAUCCUCGCCAAAUGUUCCAACCUAUCGUAUUAAAUUUAUACACUUCAUCAAACGUAGCGGGAAAUUCAUAAAGCUGAUAAUAUUAUUUCCAUUCAAGAGGAAAAUGUAUAGUUGUAAUGACGUAAGGACAAGUAGCAGCUGUAAAACAGGUUUUAAAACAAAACCCAGCAUGAAUACUCUGGUAACUGAAGGUCAUUGCAAUAGUAGUUAUAACAAUAUUUGUUGCAAAAGUAGCGUAGGUAGUAGCAGUAAAUCUAUCACCAAAUGCAACGUUAAGGUUUUGAAAAGAUGCCUAAACUACCGCCGUAGUAACACAGCGGAUUCUUUAUGUUGUAAUCGAGUUAGUGAUUUUGAAGCUUGUUCUAGAGAGUUGAACCUAGACCAAUCCUAUAGACAAUAUCCCUCCUUUAAAGAAAAACAAACCCUGUUUAAGAAUUGCAAAAGAGAUGACUUUGAAAUUGGAAAGACUAUCGGCACAGGCUCUUACGCAACAGUCUGUAUAGCCAAGUUCACUCCGAAUAAUCGCUAUUUUGAUCUCACCAGAUAUCUGUAUCCUGACAUCAGGGAAAACGUGAACACCAGUUUCGCAAGGUAUACAUCACAGGAUUCUGAACAAGGAUACUAUAACCAAAUACAUGAUAUAGAAAAACCAAUGGAACCUAACGAAAAGAUAGUUUCAUUGAAAAUACUGAGUAAAAAUAAAAUUAUUGAGAAGAGGCAGCUGGAGCACGUGAAAAACGAAAAGAAUAUCCUGAGCACUCUAAAGCACCCAUUCAUAGUAGGAUACCUGGGAAGCUUUCAGGACACUCUAAAUUUAUAUUUCAUACUGGAGUUCGUCCCGGGAGGGGAACUUUUUACAUACCUAAGAAGGAUGCAUACGUUUCCGCCAGAAUACACUCGCUUCUAUGCAUCUCAAGUACUCCUUGCACUUGACUACUUGCAUAUGAACAAGCUGGUAUACAGAGAUUUGAAGCCAGAGAACAUCCUUCUUGAUAUUAUGGGUUACAUUAGGCUGGUUGACUUCGGGUUUGCAAAGAGACUGGAGUCUGGUAAAACAUAUACAGUGUGUGGGACAUGCGAUUACCUGGCUCCUGAAAUUUUUCUAAAGAAAGGCCAUGAUUUUAGAGCUGACUUCUACUCAUUUGGGGUAUUUCUGUACGAACUGCUGACUGGAGUCCCUCCCUUCUACUCAAAUUCACCUCAAAAAACGUAUAAACUUGCGCUGAAUAAUGAAGUGGCCUUUGGCAGAAAGGUGAAUAACGUGAGUCGAGACAUCAUAAAGAAUUUGCUUCGAGUGGAUCCCUCUAAAAGACUUGGAAAUAACGUUAAGGAAGUUUAUUUCCACCCUUUUUUUGACGGAAUUGAUUUCAACAUGCUGUUGGCAAAGCAGAUAAAGGCCCCAAUCGUACCCAGCGUCAGCAGCCACGACGACGUGAGUAAUUUUAUAAAGUAUCCCGAGUCUUGGGACCAGUACAAAAGUGAAAUAACAAAGGAGCAGCAGCAACUUUUCCAGUUUUUUUAA